AUGCCUCCUCGAUUAGACCUAGUCGUUCGAGUCGGGAGACAAACACGUAGAAGACCCCCUGGACUGGUGACAAUCCGACCUAUCCGAAGACAUCCGGUACGAAGAAGGCCGCCAAUACGAAAUGUAGGAGCGAGAGGAAGAGGUGGAAGGAGAAGAUGUGGAAGAAGAGUAGCUACAAGGACACGACUGGAUAUCUUGCUAUUUGCAGCUUCAUACAGUGGUUGGGAAGACUCACAUGGAGUAAUCUGUCGAUCUGGAAGGAGACAAGGAAGGUUUUCGGACGAUGGAAGCACAUGA